AUGCGAGGCACAACUAUUCUCACAGCUGUUAUGAUCUCCAUGGCUAAGGCUACGUUAGAUUUGGAUGCUUUAAGGAAUGAACGCUUGCUUCACUUGUGGGAACCUGGACACUUGGCGAUGAAUUGCCCAAAAGGAUUUGCUUGGAAUCCAGUACGAACCCAGCAAGAAGGUCGAGUGUUUGCUAUAAUUUCUGAUGAUGCUAUGCAAUCAGACGCCCUGAUUCAAGGUCAGUGUUAUGUCAAGAAUCGAUUUCUAACUGUACUGUAUGAUUCGGGUGCAUCGCAUUCCUUUAUUUCUUUAACUGUUGCUCGUGAGUUGGGACUAGAUUUCUCUGAGCUGAACUUUGAUUUAAUUGUCCAUACACCUGCAUCCCAAAAUGCUUUGACCAGUUUAGUGUGCUUGCAAGUACGAUUUACUAUUAGGAACAGGACUUUGAUACAUGAUCUAAUCUGUUUGCCUCUAUGUGGUUUAGAAGUUAUUCUAGGGAUAGAUUGGUUAUCUAAAUAUCAUGUUUUCCAUGAUUGCUUUGAAAGAACUUCUGUUAUUCCGUCUAGUAGUUUAGAUAUUAAACCAUUUCUGUCCCAUACUUUAUAUCUGAAUUCUGUAAGAGUUACAGUAGACAGGAGUGAUUGUGAGGGGUAUGUUCUGUUAGCGGCUAGCUCGAAUGAUAGUAAACUAAGUUUAGAAUGGAUCCGAGUGGUGAAGGAAUUUCCUGAUGUUUUCUCGGAUGACAUACCUGAGUUUUUCCCUCAGCGAGGGAUAAAGUUCAGCAUUAAUCUAGUACCUGGAAUUGGACCAAUAUCUAUAGCACCGUAUCGGAUGUCACCAUUGAAACUUGCAGAGUUGAAGAAGUAG